GCGAGAUGGCGAGAGGGACGGUCGCCACAUACCUGCAUGGAGUGCUUCUCCUGGCUCUGUGGAAACCGUCGCAGCAAGGAGGUGUAUAUGUACCAUCCUCUGGAGGAGCCGGAGCCGGUCCAGGAGCUGGAUUUGGGCCAAGCGGUGCUGGAACUGGAGCAGGAACUGGAACAGGCUUUGGUGGAGGUGGAGCGGGUCUUGGUGCUGGUCUCGGUGGAGGAGGAUAUGGUGGACAAGGACCCGGGGCAUUAGGACCUGGAGGCAUAGCACCAGGAGGUGUUAGACCAGGUGGAGUUGGACCAGGCGGAGUUGGACCUGGUGGAGUCGGACCAGGCGGAGUCGGACCAGGCGGAGUCGGACCAGGUGGAGUCAGACCAGGUGGAGUUGGACCUGGUGGAAUUGGACCAGGUGGAGUUGGACCUGGUGGAGUUGGACCUGGGAGUUUCAGGCCUGGUACAUUUGGUCCAGCCGGUAGUGGACUGAGAGUAGCUGGUGGAAAACCUCCCAAAACAGGCGCUGGUUAUGGUGGAUUUGGACAGGGAGCUGGAGGUGUAGGAGGAGGACUGGGACCAGGUGGUGUCGGUCCUGGAGGCUUUGGAACUCGUCCUGGUGGAGUUGGACCUGGUGGAGUCGGUCCAGGUGGAGUCGGUCCUGGUGGAGUCGGACCUGGUGGAGUUGGUCCAGGUGGAGUUGGACCUGGUGGAGUUGGUCCAGGUGUUUAUGGAGGAUAUGGCGGUGGUUAUGGUCCCAAACUCCCCAAAACAGGUGGUGCUGGAACAUCUCUUGGAGGAACAGGUUAUGGGCCUGGAGGAACUGGAUUUAGACCUGGGGGUACAGGAUUUGGGCCUAGUGGUGCAGGAGUUGGACCUGGGGGUGCAGGAUUUGGGCCUAGUGGUGCAGGAGUUGGACCUGGGGGUACAGGAUUUGGGCCUGGGGGUGCAGGAGUUGGACCUGGUGGAACUCUUCCAGGCGGAGCUCCGAUAUUACCUCAGACUAGUGCAGGAGCUGGAGGAAAAAGUGGUGGUAAAGCAUCCAAGCAAGUUCCAGGCAUCGGCGUACCUGGACUUUAUCAGGGUGGAUUUGUACCAGGUCAAGGUUUUGGAGGCCGAGGGGUUCUCCCUGGAGUAGUUACUGGAUCUGGAAUUGGGCCUCAAACUGGGACUGGAGUACUUGGUCAAGGCGGGGUAGGACAAGGAAGCAAUGGUCGAGGACAAACUUUAUCUGGAGUUUUUCAUGGUUACCCUCUAAUAUCACCAAAAUCAGGGACAGGAAAAUCAAAGAAACCAGCCAAAGCUGCAGCCAAAUAUGGUGGUGCUGGAGCUGGAGGAGGCCAUCUUGGUCAGGGAGGAGCCUUAGGCACUGGAGGACUUCCUAGAGGUGGCAUAGGUGUAGUCCCUGGAGCAGGAAGUGGAACUGGAACAGGAAUCGGACCAGGCGGAGUCGGACCAGGCGGAGUCGGACCAGGCGGCGUCGGACCAGGCGGAGUCGGACCAGGCGGCGUCGGACCAGGCGGAGUCGGACCAGGAGGAGUCGGACCAGGCGGAGUCGGACUAGGCGGAGUCGGACCAGGUUAUGGUCCCGGCUCAGCAAAAGCACGCAAAUAUGGUCCUGGUGGAACUGGAGUUGGUCCCAGCACAACAGGGGGCGGUCUAGGAGGACAGCUAGGAGGAGGACUUGGCCAAGGUACAGGACUAGGGCCUGGAUCAGGGCUUGGUAUUGGCCCAGGAGGUGCUGGGACUGUUUAUGGACCAGGAGGAGUAGUACCUGGUGGUGCUGGGACUGGCUAUGGACCAGGAGGAGUAGUACCUGGUGGUGCUGGAACUGGCUAUGGACCAGGAGGAGUUGUACCUGGUGGUGCUGGGACUGGCUAUGGACCAGGAGGAGUUGUACCAGGUGGUGCUGGGACUGGAUAUGGACCUGGAGGAGUUGUACCAGGUGGUGCUGGGACUGGAUAUGGACCUGGAGGAACUGGCACUGCAACAGGAACUGGGGGAUAUGAUGCCAGUGCCAAAGCUCGUAAAUAUGGCAUGCUGAGCGGAGCACUUGGAGGAACAGGAUUAGGACCAGCUGGAAUUGGACCUGGUGGCGCUGGUACAGGAUACGGGCCAGGAGGAGUUGGACCUGGUGGCAUUGUCCCUGGUGGUGCUGGUACAGGAUACGGGCCAGGAGGCGUGGUUCCUGGUGGAGCUGGUAUAGGCUAUGGACCUGGUGGCGUGGUUCCUGGUGGAGCUGGUACAGGCUAUGGACCUGGUAGCGUCCCUGGUGGUGCUGGUACAGGCUAUAGACCUGGUGGCGUUGUUCCUGGUGGAGCUGGUAUAGGCUAUGGACCCGGAGGAUCUGCAGGAGCAAAAGCAAAUAAAUAUGGAGUCCCUGGAAGCGUGGGAGGUGCCCUGGGGGCAGGAGGACUUGGGGUUGGAACUGGGCCAGGGUCUGGACUUGGAGUUGGUGGAGGGCUUCCUGGACGAGGUGGGGUGGCAACUGGUGGUGGGCCUGGAUCAGGAGUCCGGACAGGAGGGACACCUGGUUCUGGCAUUGGAACAGGAGGUUUAGCAGGAGGCUUUGGACCAGGCACUGCCGGAGGAUAUCCUGGUGGUGCAAAGUCUCUCAAAUAUGGACUUCCUGGUGGAGGAGGAUCUCCUGGAUUUGGGGGUCCAGGAACUGGAGCAUCUCUUGGUGUUGGCAGAGGAUAUGGACCUGGAAGUGGCUCGGUAGCUGGAACUGGUUAUGUGCCAGGUGGAGGUUAUGGUGUAGGCCCGGGAGCUGGAUAUGGGACAGGUUAUGGGCCUGGAUCUAAACGUUCUAAAUACGGCCAAGUUGGAACAGGUGGUGGCGGAGUGCUUGGAGGGGGAGCCGGAAGAGGUGGCUAUGGACCUGGAUCUGGAGGUCAAGGCACUGGAACAGCAGGGAGUAAAGCAGCUAAGUUUGGCCAGCCAGGCUCUGUUGUACCUGGAGCAGGAGCAGGAACUGGUGUUGAUGUAAAUGGAACCGUCAGUGGUGCAAGACCAACACCUCAACCUGGUGAAGGAAGACCUGGAUCUCCAAAUGGCACAUCAACACCAGCAGGAGAAGGUGAUGGUGGUGCUAGCACUACGUUAGAGGGCUCGGGGAUUCCUGGAGGAGAUGGACAGACUGGUGUAGGUGGAAGACCACUGGGAGGCGAGGGAGAUAGUGCAAAUGGAACCAGUAUCCCCAUCAUUGGAGCAACACCAGGAUUUAAUGGGAAUACAGUUCCAGUUGGUGGUUCACCUGCACAAACAGAUGGAGGAACAGCAGUUGGUGGAACAAGACUUCCCCCUGGAGGUCCUGGAGGUGACCUCUCCGGGGGAGGACUCCAACAAGUCAGUCCUCUCAAACCUCCAGGUGUUCCUAGAGGUGACACACCAGGUGAGGGAGAUGGGGAAGGAGGUCCUGAUGGAGAAAGAGACAGAAGGCCCGGGAGUCCGACCGGUGCCGGGGGAACCGGAGACGUUUCUGGAACACAAACAGGAGUGGGAAGAGGCGACGGUCCAGCCACUGGAAGAGAAAUCGGACCAGCAGGAGGAACAGCGAAACCACCUCAAGGUGUUGGACCAGGUGGAGUCGGUGGGGUGGUACCCGGAGCUGGUGGGGUAGCGACAGAAGUCGUAAAACCUGAAAAAAGCUACGGCGCAGGUGGAGUUUUACCAGGUGGAGGUCCACGCUACCCUGGUGCUGGUUCUGGCGGCUAUGGUACUGGUACAGGAGGUUUUGGUGUAGGUUCAGGCGGCUAUGGUACUGGGUCUGGUGGAUUUGGGAGACCCAUUGGCGGUUCUGGCAGUGUUGGGACUCCUGGGGUUGGAACGGGCCCUGGAGGUGUAGCACCAGGUUCUGGUAGCGUCAGCGUUGGGCUGGGUGGAUAUGGUGGUGGCAUCGGACCUGAUGGUUCUAGAUAUGGCACCGGUUCCGGAUCCGGGAAACCCCCAAAAAGUUAUGGAGCCGGAGCUGGCCUUGGCAGAUAUGGAGCUGGAUCAGGAGGAGUUGGUCCAGGUGGCUUGGUGCCUGGUGGUGGUUACGGACCCAGUGGUACUGGUCAAGCCGGACUUGGCCCUGGCUCUGCUGGCACAGGACUGGGAGGUGUUGGAACUAGACCAGGUACCUAUGGACCAGGUAGUGUUGGUACUGGUGGAGUUGGGCCUAUUCCUGGAGUUUAUACUGGAGGUCAAGGACUGGGAACAAGAAAACCGUCAAAAACAGGCUACGGAACAUCACUGGGUGGAGCUGGAUACGGACAAGGUGCAGCUGGUGGAGCAGGAACUGGACCUGGCAGAUAUGGACCUGGUUCUUUUGGGACUGGAGGAGUCGCACCUGGUGUAGCUGGUGCUGGAACUGGAGGCUUCGGACCCGCUGGUGCUGGAACUGGAGGCUUUGGACCUGCUGGUGCUGGAACUGGAGGCUUUGGACCUGCAACUGGUUUUGGACCAGCUGGUCAAGGACUAGGAAAAAGGAAACCUAAAUCUGGUUAUGGAGGAACUGGUUAUGGACCAGGUUCAGGAGGAGCCGGUCUUGGUGGACCUGGAGCUAGACCUGGAGGAUACGGGCCAGGUGGCACUGGGGGUACUGGAUCUACUGGUUUUGGGACUGGAGGAGGCAGCUUUGGUCCUGGAGGGACUGGGGGAGGCAGCUUUGGUCCUGGAGGCACUGGGGGAGGAAGCUUUGGUCCUGGAGGGACUGGGGGAGGCAGCUUUGGUCCUGGAGGCACUGGGGGAGGCAGCUUUGGUCCUGGAGGCACUGGGGGAGGCAGCUUUGGUCCUGGUGGCCAACCACUUGGAUCAAGAAAGUCUGGAUAUGGUUCAACUUUGGGUGCAACUGGACAUGGACAAGGUACUGCAGCUGGAGGUGCAGGAGGCGCUGGAGGAGGUCAAACAGUUGGAGGAGUAGGCGGUCAACCAGGAGGGGGAGCUGUGCCUGGAUAUGGCGGAGCGGCAGGAGGAAGCUAUCCAGGAUAUGCAGGGACAGGACAAAAGUCCAAAGCACAGAAAGCAGCCAAAUACGCAGCCAUGCAGGGCUUCCUUGGAACUGGAGGCUACAGAGGUGGAGCCUGUCAGGGUAACUACUGUGGCCGAAGGAGGAAGUGAGAGACCGACAGACAGGAAGUGACCUCAUUGAAACAAUAGUGGUGCUAUAGCAUGAUUACAGCUUGUGAAUGUCUUAGCUGACUUAGAAACUAAGGCCAUAACACGUUCAAAAAGCUACAUUUUUAUAAUUUUUUCUGAAUAUUUCUUAAAAUCAGCCUUCUGUUGUAGACUAGUUUAAUUUAACAAUGUAUUUACAUUAGUUUUCUACAAGAAAAGAACAGAAAUUGGAGAAAACAAUUUCUGUCUAGGCUGAGAAUCCAAAACGAGUCACAUUUUAUGACCAAGCUGUUUAAUAUAAUGUUUUGUUCAUAGAUGCUGUGUUAAAUAUGAACUGCAAUAUUGUUUAUUAUGAUUUUUUGGGCAGAUCCUUCAGCUCUGUCUGCAUGCUGACACACUGCUAAAAAAUUGCCUUAAUACACUAACACUGAAUUUAUCUUUAGUUUCACAUUUUAGUUUCAAAGCCGCUUUUAACCCAAACUGAUUUAUAAGCUUUCAGUAGACAAAAUACAGACAUUUUUAUUUUUGUGGAAGGAAGGACAACUUUAAUGUUCUUCCUAUAAUCCUUGAAAAGAUUUUGUUCGUGUCACUGUACUCACACCUCAGGACCUGCAGAUUUUAACACUUCUUACAAAGUAACAAAGAAUUUUUAAUGUAAAAUUCUAGUAAAUGUGUUUGUAUUUGUGCAGUAAGGAUGUUGUAUUUACAGUACAAUGUGACUUUGUCAGAUUUUGUACGCGACAUUGAGAAAAUCUAACCAAAUAUGAAAUAUGAGGAAAAAGGGCAACAACUUUUAACUACUUUUCAUUCUUGUCUUGUAACACUGUUGAAAAGAAAGAGCUCACACUUACUAGUAUUUUUAAAUUAUGCAAAUAAAUGUAUUUGGACACCUCUUUUAUUUGCCUACAUCUUGCAAGUGGGCAUUUUGAAACAUGCCUAACACCUUCAUAAAUAGAUGAUGUGUUUUCUACAUUGUCCCUAAGAAUCUAGAUAAUUUUAAAAUCUUAAUGUAAAUGAGCUUGUCUUUCUAUCCUGUAGCUCUACAUGUGUUUAACAUUUGUUUUGUUUGUUUUGCCUAUGAAGAAAAUUAUGAGCUUUUGUACAUUGUUUCCUGAAGAAAAGAGAAGAACAAUAAAAUCUGGUUCUAAUAC